CCGUUGCCAUGUUAGAGCAGUAUGGGGGAGUUUCCCGCAGAAUGCGCCGUUACACAGCGUGAAAACUUUUCCCUCUGCUCGGCAGUCAGCUCGCUCGAGUCGGUCUCCUGCUACAGGAAAACCUCCGUGUCUGUUUACAAAACCGUUAUAACGGAUAUCCCUAUGCAGCGAGUGUGCUAAUGGGCAGGAAAAUGAACAAAACUGCGUUUCUUCAUCAAACUUCAGACGCGGUAACGUCAGGUCUGGGGCAAACCGUCAGGACGUGUUGUUUUCUUCAGGCUACGGAUUAGAGGAAUGAAGGAGCUUAGCUAAAGGCCCAACACUGCACCGCCUGUGUCAGGAUGGAGCUGAAGGUUUGGGUGGAUGGAAUCCAGCGAGUGGUGUGUGGAGUCACCGAAGCCACCACCUGUCAGGAAGUGGUCAUUGCACUGGCUCAGGCUAUAGGUCGUACUGGACGCUACACACUAAUUGAGAAAUGGAGAGAUUCUGAACGACACUUGGCUCCUCAUGAGAGCCCUGUGGCCUCGUUAAACACAUGGGGCCAGUAUGCCGGCGACGUCCAGUUCAUUCUGCACCGCACUGGCCCUUCUCUCACAGAGCGCCCUCCGUCCGAGGGGCCCCCAGUAUCCAGAGGCCCUGAGCGUGGCUUGCAUCGCCAGAGCCUCCCUAUCAUGGCUAAGCUUCGAGCCCAGGGUGAGCGCUCUCUCCGGCGACGUGAACCACGCCGCAAAUCCCUUACCUUUACUGGGGCGCCACGUGGCCUCAGGGACAUCCUUAAUGGCACCCGGAUUGGAGACCGAGACUCCAAGCGUUGUGUUGUUCUGAUGAACAGCGUCCCCCAAAGCUACUCCACAUCCCCACGGCUACCUUCAAGUCGUGUGGAGGAGCUGACCCGCCUCGUGAGGCUGCAGAGGGAGUCUUUGACUGUUCUGGAGCAACGAACAGAGGCAUGCGAUGCGGAACUGCAGGCAUGGAACCAAAAGAGACCAAGUAGUGAGGACUCCUGGGCACUCAUGACUGAAGAGAUGGUGCGUCUAGAGCAGCAGCUGUGCCGGAAUCAGGUGGAGGUGGAGGAGGAAGAAUUUUGGGCCAGCGAGCUACAGAUUGAGCUCGAGAGCGAGAGGCAGCUGGAGGAUCGGCUGCAGGAGGUGCACACUCGGCUUAGAGCCUGCGAGACUGAGCUCGGGCAGAGGUUGACCCGGCUGCAUGGCAUGGAAGCAGGGCUGGAGGCCCAGCGGCAGCAGGAGCAGACGAAGGGGAACCAGCUGUGGAGCGAGGGAGAAGUGAAAGCUAGGCUGCAGACAGUGAAGGCUGAACUUAAGGCUCAGGCCCAGCACACAGCACAGCUGGAAAACAGCUGCAGGGCUGUGGAGAGGUCAUUGAGUCAAUCCAGUAAGAGACUACAGGAGAGUCAGUAUGAGCUUGAGCAGCUGACUAAAGAGCUGAGGCAGGUGAACCUUCAGCAGUUUAUUCAACAGACUGGCACAAAAGUGACCGUGCUGCCUGUGGAGCCCAGUGACAUGGAGGCCAACGUCCCCCCUGUGCCUCAGGAAUCAGCACUGACUGGUUCCCUUAAGCGCCAAGGCCCAUCUCAUACAGUGGGAGUUAACCUGCGUGUGCUACACAGCCCCAUCACCUCAGCCCUCAACCCUGAGGGCAUCUAUGUGUGAAGAACAGAGGAACACCUGCAACCACCUUUACACAGCCACUGAAAAACAUCAGAGUUCAUGCGGUUAAAUGAAAACAUAGAGUGAUGCAUCAAGACUGUUUUGAAAGGCAGUCAUAGGAAGUGACUUGCUGGUAAGGGCCAGUAGUUGAUGUUUGUUCUUGCCAUGUCGGACAGUUGAUGGAGCAACACAGUAAGAAGCAGGGAAGAGAUAUGAAGGUAUACAUUGUUUCGGUAAUGGUAAACUGGAGAUAUACCUCAACCCAAGACCCAUCUGUUAGCUGUAAUAUUUCUGAACGCUGAUACAAGAAUGUUUAUUUCCUAUAUGGAACCUAUGGAGCAACAGGCCUGCAUGAGGAAGGAUGUAUUAAGGAUGACUUACUUCAGAAAUGUGAAUAUAUUUUUGCAAAGCUGUUUAAUCGUUAAUUCAUUCACAAAGUGAGUUGUUCCUGUAAGCAACGUGAUACAUGCACCUUUCUGUCUUUACUGUGGCAUCAUAUUUUAUGCUGAGGUUUAUAUUUUGCCACAGUCGGUAUUAUAUUUCUUUGCGUACUCCACAUUUAGAUUUUUUUAGCGAUGUUGAGCCAAAGAUGCCUGCUAAUAUGUAUAUUUUUGGUAGCCAUAAUCAAACUGCUUGGAUGCAGUUUUAUAGCAAUACGUUUCUGGCUAUAUAAUUAGCUAAUUUUUAUUAUGUUUACCCUUUAGGUUUUGCUAAUAUCUAGCUUAUGCAAGACAAUUUGCCAUGCACGUGUGUAAAACUGAGCUUUGCAUAGUAUUAAAUGAACUUUGCAGUAUUACAGUAUAUUAUGCUUGACAAAUCAUAGAUUUGGCUCUGUCAAUUAACCAGUUUAUAACUGUUAUAAUUGUAACCAGUGCCUUAAGUCUUUAAUGAAGCAUUAACGUGAUCAAAUCGAGAUCAAAAUGGUGAGCUCUCAAGUAUGUUUAUAUUUGGAACAGAAGAUGGUGAACUAACAUGCAUCAGUUAUUUUGGUCUAAAAACACAUUAGCUGUGUUUGAAAUCCCUGCAUUUGUUUACUCAUUCAUUUCAUUUUCUUUGCCCAUACUGUUACACAAAACACUGAAUAGGGAAAGUGUGUGAACUAUGGCAUCAACCAGGUUCCGAAGCGUCAGGCAUGCUAGCAUAAAGUUUUAUGUAUCAAUAUACAGUAUGUAAAGAAAUCAAGGCUUAUUGCCUUGUGGUCCAAUGUUAAUAAAAUUGCAUUGUAUAUAGGUCAUACAUCAAACAUGUACUGUAAAUGUUAAACUAUAUGAACUAGAUGAAAAUUCAGGUUGGGCAAUAGCGUUCCACUACAAGUUGGUGCAUGAAAUUAAUAGGGAUUCCAGACACAGCCAUUGUUUCUUUGCGCUAACUGCUGCGUUUUAUGCAUUGUAUGUUCUUGUGAACGGUGUCAAUUUUUAGUUUCUUUAAUUUUUUUUCUACUUUGAAACUCUAUUUUAAAAAAAUGUAAUGCCAUGCAUAUGUAAAUUAUACAUAUUGCUUAUAAAGCUCUUUGUGUUUUAUUGCACUGCAUUUCAAUAUUAAAAUCAAAUU